AUGUCGUCAUUGAAGAACAUUGAAGAAGGGCCUCCCGAAUACCAGUCUCAUGAGGAAGAAGAAGGUUCGAUAAUCGGAGAAGAACAAAAAAGAGGAGGAUUCUUGGGCUGCAUAUGUGAUAAUCUGUUCAUGAUUCUCAUCCUUGCUGGAGUGCUCGCGGGCUUCGCGCUAGGCUUUGGCCUCAAAGUGGUUAAUCCGUCAGACGAGGCAAUCCUUUGGAUAGUUAUUGCCGGUUUGGAUCCCAAGGAACAGGGCACAAGCAGCCUCAUUAUUAUGGCAUAUAUAAUCAUAUUCAAUGCCCUCGGAGCAGCAAUCGGAUGCAUUCUCAGUGUUGUGAUCGUACCGGGUAAGACGGGAAAAUAUUUUGACCUCUAA